CUGUGGGUUACCUAGUAUUGUAGCUAUUGUAAAAUUGUACUGUCUUCAAUCAACAUGUCACCAUCUGAUCCUGACCGACAAGCUGAGUUACAGAAGUUAAUAAAGAAAAGGAAUCAAGUCAAAAAGUCAAUGAAGUCAAUCAAAGCGUUCAUCGAUAAAUAUGACCCUUCCACUAGAUCACUUAAUCAAUUACAAACAAGAUUAGAUAGUUUAAUGCAGUACAUGUCCAAAUAUGAGGCGCUUCAGGAUGAAAUCGAGGACUCUGACUCGGUUACCAAUGAAAUGCUAGACGAUCGUGUCAGUACUGAUGAUUUUUUCUGUUCACUUAAGGCUGAGGUUUUGGACCUAGUUGAACGCAACAACAAGUCAACAUCUGAUGUAUCUACUGCACAGUCACAUUCUAUCACUCGUGACUCCAUGAAAUUGCCAUCUAUUCCAGCUCCCACAUUCAAUGGUGAAUUGCAAAACUGGGUAUCGUUCCUUGAUUCAUUUAACGCUAUGUUUCAUCAAAAUACUGGACUGUCAGAUGUGCAACGCUUACAUUAUUUAAAGUCUUGCCUAGUUGGUCCUGCAGUGGAUGUAAUCCGCACUAUUCCAACUACUGAUGUAAAUUAUCAUACUGCGUAUAAUGCUUUAGUCGAAAGAUACGAAAACAAAUCUCUUAUUAUACAGUCGCACAUACGGUCAUUGUUUCAGACACCACAAGUCCAAAGACCUACUGCUAGCGAACUACGUCAAUUACACCACCAUGUUGUAUCCCAAGUUAAUGCCUUGCAGGCACUUGGUCAAAACAUACAUGAGUGGGAUGCAUGGUUGGUGACCUUGUUGUGUUGCAGGUUAGAUCCUACCACUGUGGGUGAAUGGCAGCUACUGCAAACAUCAAAGGAUCUUCCGAAAUUCCGCGAUUUGGAAAAAUUCCUGGCAAACCGGGUUUCUGCUUAUGAAGUUGGUGAAGUUAAUAACCAGUCCACCCAACUUAAGCCACUUAGUGGUGAACGAUCAAUGCAAAAAAAGGUUUUAUUUGCACAUCAAGAUGACAGCAGUCCAUCCAAAGAAAGAAAAUGUAUAGUGUGUCCCGGACACCAUCGAUUAACAAUGUGUGAAAAUUUCAAUAAAAUGUCCAUCGCUGAACGCCAAGAUGUAGUUUUUAAAAACAGGUUAUGUCAUAAUUGUUUGCAUCCUGGGCAUCAGGUUCGUCAAUGUCGUAGUUUCAGUUGCACCAAAUGUGGUAGACGUCACAACACCAAGUUACAUAAUGAUGCAAUGUUCAGGCCCCCUACAUUAGCCAAUGAACAGUCAUCGUCAACCCAAGAUGAACCUGUUGUAACAUACGUUGAGCAAGCUAACAAUAAUCCUGCUGUGCUGAACCAGAUAAUGUUAGCUACUGCAGUGGUCAACUUAACAAAUUCAACUGGCCAACAGAUUCCAUGUCGUGCCAUAUUGGAUUCCGGGUCUCAGGUUUGUCUUAUAACCAAGGAGUGUGCAUCAAGACUGCAUAUUAGUGGAGUUCAAACUACAAUAUCAUUAGCUGGUAUUGGAUCUGUAACUGCGAGAACUGGCACUACGAUAGGCACCACCAUGUGUUCACGACUUAGAGACUAUGAAGCAUACAUCAACUUUCAUGUAAUCGAUUCAAUAACAAACAAGUUACCAAUCCACCGUGUAAACAUCAAUCAAUUAAAUAUUCCAGACACAAUAACACACUGUUUAGCCGAUCCUGGAUUUCAUGAACCAGGCAAGAUUGAUGUACUGCUUGGUGCAGAAUUAUUUUAUGAGUUAUUAAUUGGCGAAAGCAAGAAAACACAGGAGGGCACUGUUCUACAUAAUACCUGUUUAGGAUGGGUGCUAACUGGUUCAAUGCCAAUUGCAAAUUCUCAUAUGUGCAUGUCAAGUCUAUUAGUACAGUGUCAAUCAAUUUCGUCUCUGGCGCCGACAGACCGUCCAACUUGUAGUGUCAAGAAUGUCCAGUCAAUAGCCGAAUCACAUUUUACCAGGACAGUAACCCAGGAUCAUUCUGGCCGAUUUGUGGUCCAAUUGCCAUUCAUACGUGAUCCUGAGGUAUUAGGCGAUUCAAAAUUUAUGGCGCAACGGCGUUUCUUCAAUCUAGAGCGAAAGAUGAACCGAGAUCCUAUGCUAGCGCAAGAAUAUAAAAAAUUCAUGGCUGAGUAUAUUCAAAUGGGUCAUAUGGAAGAGGCUGAAGACACUGACCUUCCUACUUAUUACCUGCCUCAUCAUACUGUGACCAAGAGUGACAGCCUAACCACAAAAACUCGUGUUGUGUUUGACGGCUCAGCAGUAACAAGAUCAGGCCUAAGUCUUAAUGAUAUAUUGGUAUGUGGACCGCCAGUUCAACCUGAAUUGUUAUCCAUUGUACUGCGAUUCCGUCUCUAUAGAUAUGCUUUGGUUGCGGACAAUGAGAAAAUGUAUCGCCAGGUCUGGGUUGCACCUUCAGAUUGUGAUAUGCAGCGAAUAGUAUACCGGUCAAAUGCUGACAUCGCCUUUAAUAGUAAAUGUCCCAUAGUAUUACCAUCCAGGAGUAAUGUUACUCAACUUAUUUUUAAGCACGAACAUAAUAGAUUGCUCCAUAUAGGCCCUCAAGGUCUUCUAGCUAAUAUACAUCUACGGUACUGGCCGCUCCGCGGACGGUUAAUCGCGAAGAAAACAGUAAGGAAUUGUAUUACCUGUUUCCGUUCAAGUCCUAAAUUCAUCACUCCAUUUAUGGCACCCCUUCCGCGGGAGCGAGUAAACAUUGAACGGCCAUUUGCUCGAACAGGCGUAGACUUCUGUGGCCCUAUUCUCAUUCGCAGUGGCAUCAGGCGAGUUGUAAGCGUCAAGUGUUAUAUAGCUGUCUUCGUAUGUUUCGUCACUCGUGCUGUGCAUUUAGAGUUGGUUAAUGGUCUCACAUCCGACGCAUUCUUAGCUGCCCUGACUAGGUUCAUGGCACGCAGAGGACACUGCAGUCACAUUUACAGUGAUAAUGGUACUAAUUUUGUAGGGUCCAACAAGGUGUUAUAUUCAUACUUCAAAAAGACUAAAGGGCAACGUACAGUUGAAGAAGAGCUGUCACAUCACCAUGUUCAGUGGCAUUUUAUACCGCCCUCAGCACCCCACUUUGGUGGUUUGUGGGAGGCUGCUGUCAAGUCGACAAAAAAACAUUUGUUAAAAAUUAACACUAUGGGUCUUCUUACCUUUGAGGAAAUGAGCACCAUGUUAUGUAGAGUAGAAGCUGUGCUAAACUCGCGCCCUAUAUCACCCAUGUCUGAUGAUCCAUCAGAUUUUACUGCAUUGACCCCCGGUCACUUUCUGGUAGGAGGUGUUCUUACAUUGCCUGCUGAACCUGACGGUACAGGCAUACCAUUGAAUCGCCUAAAGCGAUUAGAACUUGUAAGGGUACAAGCUCAGACAUUUUGGAAGCGUUGGAGUUCUGAAUACUUACCACAACUCCAUAAGAGAGGUUGCUGGCUGUCCAAAAAGGACAACAUUGAAGUCGGAUCCCUUGCAAUCUUAAAUGGAGGACAAUUGCCACCAUGA